UGUAAAUAAAAGCAAUGAACAAAAAGUCACACGUGGAUAGUGAUUCGUAGUGUUUUGUCUAACUUUUAUCUAAUAUUUAUCGUAAUUAUAUUGUUUAAAUAUUUUUAAUCAAAAUGACUGCCUUUUCACGAUUUCAAAAAUAUGCUUUGGGUGGAAUUUGUGCGAUAACUGGUGCUACAUUAUAUUAUUAUCGCUUCUCAGAAAAUGGACAGAAAACCAAACAAAUAGAAUUUUUCAAUACCAAAAAUACAUCUGAAGUGAUGAAAUUUGUGCCUACGACUAAAUGGGAUAGCAAUUGGGACAAACGAGAUCCAAAAAGUAUGGUAAAACCAAUGAAGAUAAAAAGUACAAACGAUGAAAAUGACUACAAUGAAAAGUUAGAUGCUCAGAAGCCUCAUACUGUUCGACAUCUACUCCUUAUUAGACAUGGGCAAUAUAACUUAGCAGGGCAGAAUGACGCUGAAAGGAUAUUAACUGAUCUUGGCAGACGUCAAGCUGAAUCGACUGGUAAACGGUUGGCAGAGUUGGCCCUGCCAUAUUCUCUUAUUAUUAGAUCCACAAUGGCUCGUGCACAAGAAACUUCCAAAAUAAUUGAAAAAAGUCUAAUGAAAGUACCAGUUAUAGAUGAUAGUAUUCUUGUAGAAGGCUCUCCUAUUCCUCCUGAACCUCCUAUUGGUCAUUGGAAAGCUGAAAGUCAAUAUUUUCAAGAUGGACCUCGAAUUGAAGCAGCGUUUAGGAAAUAUUUUCAUAGAGCUAGUCCAAGAGAUGUUUCAGACUCUUAUACUAUAAUUGUUUGUCAUGCAAAUGUUAUAAGAUAUUUUGUAUGCAGAGCAUUACAAUUCCCGCCUGAAGCGUGGUUACGACUUUCAUUAAAACAUGCAAGUAUUACCUGGGUCAGUAUUCAUCCCAGUGGACGGGUUACAUUACGAUGUUUUGGAGAUUCCGGACAUAUGUUACCAGAAUAUCUGACUACGAGCUAAUAAAGUUUGUUCAUUUUCCUUCUUUUAUA